CCCGGCGACUUCAUCAAUUUGCUGCUGCAGUUCCCGGGUUUCGCCGCCUCCGACGAGCAGCUAACCUUGACGGCCGGGAUUCCGCUGCAUUUGGCUUACUGCACAAUGGUGGUGUUCGAAUCGAGCGAUCUUGAGUCGGCCAGCGAUCGAUUGGCUCUCGCGUGGUCCACCAACUGUGCACCCUGGGCUAUCCGCAACGUCCUGAUCCAGGAAUCGAUUAAGGAUGAAUUUGUUGAGCUGGUCCGGUCGAAGUUGAAACCGUUCACGGACAGCCAAAAACGUUUUCUGGAGGAUCCGCUUAAGCGAGCAAUCGAUGCAGCGAACCAACUGGGUGCCCAGCUGGUGCAGAGCGCGUCCGAUGAGAGUCCUACCAAACCAACGCUUGCCUUCUUGCCGGGAGUUCAGUAUUUGCUGUCGGCGGGCACCUCGUUGAAGGCAUCCAUGUCUGCUCCGAUUGUGAUGCUGAACGUUUUUCGCACUGCCAAGGAAGCAGUUACAUUGGUCAACCGCAACCACGGUGGAUCGGUGUCCCUCUGGACGGAGGACCUGUCGCUGACGUUCGAGGUUGCGUACGGAUUGCGCUGUGGAACCGUCUGGGUGAACAGCUACGCCGAACUGAACCCCGAGUGUCCGUACACAUUCCGGGCGCAUGAUUUCACGUACGGUUCGCCGUACGCCGUUUGCGAGAAGAAGGUAAAGACGGUGUUUGCACCAACGGCUAGCACACCAGUGAACGAUGUCGAGAGGAACAAAAGAGCCAUCCAAAGUCUCGGAACGUACGAGGCGGAUACGCGUCUCUAUCGCAGCCACACCGUUCUCGUGAAACAGGGUAUCCACUAUGAAAUUACCAAAAUGCGGACGGACUUGGAAUCGUACGGUAACGGCUGUCGUUUGGCGAUAGUAAAUAACUUUUGGAAUACGUACGUUCCGCUGGAAGGGAACGAUAGGCUACAGGUGCUAGACACCGUGCACAACCAGCGCAAAGUGAUCUGCAUUCCGUUCGGAGUUACCUUCGCCAACUGAAACACCACAUUAUGCGGGGCAUG